GAGUCUCCACCACCGCAAUUAAAGCGGGAAAGAGACGUUAUAGAACCGGCGAUGUUAAAGUUUAAUAUUUCUACCUGAGGAGCUGUAAAUCCCUAUUUCCGUGAAUAAUUUGUUGGAACAAAUAUGCGGACACGAGUUUGGGGGAGUUUGUCGACAUUAGCUGGCGUAAACAUGUGAGCAAAGAGGCUAAUCGGCGAAGCCGUGUGCCCGCUGGGGGAACGAGGUUAUGAACGGGACUGAUGAGGACUUUGUGGGGUAUGUUGACUCAAGACGGGAGAAGAAGAAAAACAACCUUUUCUCUAUUAAAGAGAAUAAAAUGAAGCCAAAACGCACUCAGAAGCAUCCGGGAUCCAACAGGGAAGGAAAAGGUGGCCAUACUGGUGAAAAGGUGACACUGAGCCAAGCAAAGCGGACAUCACUUCCUGCACAAGUCAAGCCAUUUGCUGGAAAAGUGUUUUACCUGGACCUGCCAUCAAACAGAGUAGCAGAAACAUUGGAGAGUGACAUCAAACAACUGGGAGGGACUGUGGAGAAGUUCUUCAGUAAGGACAUUAAGUAUCUGGUAUCCAACAAGCGGGAGGCUAGGUAUGUGAAGUGCCUCAGACAGGACUCUCCUGUCCCUAGCCCAGACUCUGGACCAAGUUCACCGUGUCCUCGCUCAAACCCCCAGUGCCCUGGGAGCCAUGGCGACAUCAAGAGCAGGUCUCAAGGACAAACAGACACAUUUGUCACAAGCCGAGGGAAGUCUCUGGUGGAGAGAGUAGUGAAAGAGCAGGAGAGGGCUCAAAUGAACAAGAUCCUGUCAAAUGCCCUGGAGUGGGGUAUAAAAAUCCUAUAUGUAGAUGAUUUAAUAGCAUAUGUUCAUAAGAAAAAAAAGCUCAUCAGCAACACAGUUCCUGCAGCCACUGCCAUCAACGUGGGUGACAAAGCUGCUUCUGCAACAAAACAAAGCCUGGGGAAAUGCAAAGGUGGGCGGAUUAGUAAACCUUUCAUCAAGGUUGAGGAUUCAAGUAGGCACUACCGUCCAGUCUACCUCACAAUGCCAAAUAUGCCGGAGUUCAACCUGAAAACCAGUGCUCCCUGUAGUCCUUUCUGUCCUGAGGAUAAGGAUCCCCCUGUAAAUAAACAGCUGGGACACAGAGGUGUGAAAGCCUCGGGCAGUGAGGAGAGAGCUCACGGACGAAAGAAGAACAGAGACAAGAAACGAGGCGGUUACUGCGAGUGCUGUACAGUCAAAUAUAACCAGCUAACAGUGCAUCUGCAGAGUGGAUGUCACCAAGCUUUCUCUAAGAGUGAUGAGUACUUGGCGGUGGACAGAUUGGUUUCAACCCUGACCCACAACUUCAUGCACAUUAAAACUUCUAAACUCAAAAGACCAAAGUGCAGUGUUUCCUCUGUUCUGAUUGCUCCCGGACCAUGUGGAGAACCUGAACUAAGGCACAAGGGAAAUCCUUCAGAGACUGUUCAAGAAGAGGAGCCGUGGACUGUUGAUGUGAACAAGGAAUUAAAUUCCAGACAGGAUCUAAAAAUCAGAUCAGCACCUGUCUCUGCUGAGUUGAUUCACAAAGAGGGCGACCAGAGGAACUGUUACACUUACUCAGGCAGAUCUAGACACAAAUCGCUUGCACGUAAACGGCCGUGCAGACAGAAUUCAUUGACUUCUUGCACACAAAAAGCUAAUCAGGCUCGAAAUCCUCAGUUCGAGUCAGAAGAAGCCCCCUCUAGAAGUGAAUUUCUUCCCUCUUUGCCCACCAGAGAUUCUCAGGAUGACCCGGUGAAACAGAUACUUCACGAUAAUAUGAACACACAGACUGAAUUAUCCUCAAAAAGCCUCAGUGUUAAGACAAAUGAACAAGAGUCUGAUAAGAAAAUGACUGAAAGCUUCUCUCCAGUGCAGAAAAUUCAGAGGAAGAUAAAAGUCUACAAGCACAAAAGACGGAAAGUGGACCCAAAUGUUGAACAUGUAGAGCCUUGUGACGUUCCUGACAACUCUUUAUUGAAGCUCUGGAAGCUUUUUCAGUCCAGCGACGACAUGGAUGUGGAGUUUCAUGGAUUUGAGGACUAGAAGCUAAAGGGAUUCGCUCAAAUUUGUGUGCCUUGGACUAUGGAGGCUGUGGGAUUUCAAAUGUUAAUAGAAGGUGGUGGGAUGUACUGUGGCUUUUGUAUUUGAUCACAAAUGCACCAGUUCUCCCCCUUAACUCAGAUGAAAGGCUGUGAUUUUAACAUUUUGUUUACAGAGUAGAAUAUAAACUUAGAGUGGACCUACUAUUAUUACUCCUAACCAUAUAAUUCUCAUUGGCUGCCCCCUGUAAACAGAAGGUUUAAAUAGCAGGUGGGUGGGGCUUCUGUGCCUGACGUGCCCGUAUUAGAGGUAGCGUCUCUAUUUGACAUCAUACAGAGCUAAGAGUAGAAAAAAAUGCCCGAACAGUGAUGUCAUUGUUUGGCAUUUUGGCUAUGUUAAAAAUGAGCAUCCACCACACACAAAAUAAGGGGCAAUAAUAGGUCCUCUCUAAGAAGACAAAUAUUGCAUGCCAGUGUUUUGUGUACUUGAACACUGGCUGUAAAAUGUGCAGCUUUUGAUAUUGUGCACAUUAUCUUGUUUGAUUCUGAAUUCAUAACUUGGUACUGAAGUGUACUUGAAAUUGAACAUAUUUAGUCAAAACCAUAACAGAGUAAUCUACCGAGUACAUAAAAUGUGUCAGCUUGAAGACCCUUUUUAUUUAGUCUACAUCUCACUCAACUUGAGGACUACAUGUUAUAAUGCAGCUCUUCUGCUUCUCCUUUAUGGGCAUACGUUUAAUAAAGGAAAUAACUCUUGACAUGGUCGUCUUAUGUAAUAGUAUAUUUCUGAAUACAUUCUUGUAUUUUGACACAGAUAGGGACAGUAAUGUCAGGAUUGCUAUCUUUUUUUUGCCACUUGAAAAAUCUAUAAAAUAUCAGUGCAUGAGUUAUUGUUUUACAUUGUACAGUCUUUUUCCACUAAGACUGAAUGUAGAGUUAAAAGAGCAGCUUAUAGAUAAAAGGCAGCUUCAGUUGUGAAAAUUUUUAAUCUUCUCAGACAUGUGGAUGUGAAU